GAAAAAUGACAAGCGAUAGUCAAAUGCAAGAUGCGGCAACGUCUAUGGGGGCAACUAAUAUUGUCACAUCAAGUCGCACAAAUGCUCCGCCUACAAUGGCACCGACGGAGAAGCCCAAAAAAUUUGCGGGCAUUGACUUUAAACGAUGGCAACAAAAGAUGUUCUUUUACCUCACCACUUUGUGUCUGCAACGGUUCACUAGCGAAGACGCUCCUGAGGUGCCCGAGGGAACCUCGGACAAAGAGCAUUUCGUAAUUGUAGAAGCUUGGAAACAUUCAAACUUUCUUUGCAGGAAUUAUAUUCUGAGUGGUUUCCAAGACGACCUCUAUAAUGUUUACAGUGGAACUAAGACAUCGAAGGAAUAGUGGGGGGCACUUGAAUAAAAAUAUAAAACAGAGGAUGCGGGAAUUAAGAAAUUUCUUGUUGCACGGUUCCUAGACUUUAAAAUGAUAGAUAGCAAAUCAGUUGUCUCUCAAGUGCAGGAGUUGCAAGUCAUCAUACAUGAUCUCCUAGCAGAAGGUUUGAUUGUGAGUGAUGUUUUUCAAGUAGUAGCGAUAAUUGAGAAGCUACCACCAAUAUGGAAAGACUUUAAAAACUACUUGAAGCAUAAACGCAAGGAGAUGACUGUCGAAGAUCUUAUUGUCCGACUGCGUAUUGAAGAGGAUAAUAAAGCUGCCGAGAGAAGGUCAAAAGGAAAUUCUACAAUUAAUGGAGCACAUAUUGUGGAAGAUGACAAAAACAAUUCUAAGAAAAGGAAGAAAGUUGAACAGGGAAGCAAUCAACCCAAGAAGAAAUUCAAUAAAAAAUGCUUCAAUUGUGGCAAGAUUGGCCACAAGUCCACGCAUUGUCGUGCCCCGAAGAAAUGCAAGAAAAAGGAUCAAGCAAAUAUGAUUGAAUCCAACAAAGAAUGCGAUGAUCUGUGUGCUAUGUUCUUAUAAUGCAACUUGGUAGGGAAUCCUCGCGAAUGGUGGAUGAAUUCUGGUGCCACCCGCCAUGUAUGUGCCAACAAAGAGUUGUUUUUGUCAUUCGCUCUGGCUCAAGUAGAAGAAAUGAUCUGCAUGGCUAACACCGCUACUGCUAAGGUAGAAGGAACAGAAAAAAUAUGCUGAAAAAUGACUUCAGGAAAGGUCUUGACACUUAACAAUGUCUUGUAUGUUCCGGAGUUAUGUAGAAAUUUAAUUUCUGCUUCACUUCUAGACAAGAACGGAUUCAAAUGUGUAACCGUUUCUGAAAAAAUUGUAAUUAGCAAAGGAGAAAUGUAUGUAGGAAAAGACUAUUUGACGGAAGGCCUUUAUAAGAUGAAUGUAAUGACUGUUGAAAUAAAUAAAAGUUCAAAUUCUUC